UGACCACAGACCACAUAGCCUUCGCUUCGGUUUGGCCACAGGCCAGGUAGCCCCAUAUAUGAUAUAGCCUUUUCUCCCUCUGUCGCUCCAACUGCAACUGCGUACGAGUGUGGUGGUCGGAGUGAUGGUGGGCGCAGCCGUCCCACAACCUUCUCGCUUCCCUCUCUCCAGAGUCGGCCCCACACCCGCCCACCUCAUCACCACGGCCGCCUCUCUCCGCCUUGGCCACUUCAUCCAUCGUCAAUACAUUCAUCUAGGGUUUUUCCUUCGUUCCUCUUUCAAGAGGCUUGCUCAUCUUGCUCAUGUGCCUGGACUGAAAAAUAUCUGGUUUGGAAAGGCCAUCCAAUUUAAAGGGAUCAGUUUUCCAAGCGAUUCCUUUUCCGCUACAUGUUCAUCCUACUUAUACUUCUUUGGUGGGGAAGAAACUAGAAAGGGCUCCAGAGAUGAGGGAAUGUCAUACUCAGAGGCACCCAGAAGAAAUUCACUGAGAGGAAGACAAUGGACGAAUAUCCUCAUUGCAAUUAAUGUAUUAGUUUUUAUUGGACAAGCUGCAACACAAGGCAAGCUACUUUUAUGGGGAGCUAAGAUUAAUAGUCUCAUUGACAAAGGGCAGUUUUGGAGGCUGGCUACAUCUUCCUUUUUGCAUGCAAAUAUUGGGCAUCUGAUGGUUAAUUGUUUUUCUUUGAAUUCUGUUGGUCCUACAGUGGAGAAUCUCAGUGGACCAAGGAGAUAUCUUGCAGUUUAUUUCACUUCUGCAAUUGCAAGUUCAGCAAUGAGUUACUGGUUAUGCAAAGGCCCUGCAGUUGGUGCAUCUGGAGCUAUUUUUGGCUUAGUUGGCUCAGUUUCAGUGUUUAUGAUGAGGCAUAGAGGUCUGGUUGGAGACAGUAAAGAAGGUUUACAGCAUAUAGCACGCGUAAUAGUACUGAACAUGGUUAUUGGGUGUUUGUCUAAAGGCAUCGAUAAUUGGGGCCAUUUAGGAGGUCUGCUUGGCGGGCUUGUGACAUCAUGGCUUCUUGGUCCUGCAUGGAAGUACGAGUCCCUGUCUAACGAUGGGCGAAGAGUAUUUGCUGAUAGGGCACCAAUUUUCCACCUCGUCAACAGAAGGAGAAAACCUUGAUACUUGGAAUCAAACUUGGUUUCCUGACAGAGCUCUCCCUCAUCCACUUCCACCUAAAUUCUUUUACAUUGAAGAUUCUUGUUUAAUGUAUGCAUGAACUGCUCACACCAUAUUUUUUGUUUAACAAAUCCAUCUCUUGAGAAAGGGGGUUUAGGAUUAUCAGGGUUUUGGGAAGAAGAGGUUCAUGUUCUGAUGCAAAUAGAGUGUUCCUGUUUUCUCAAAACUGGCUUCUUGUAUUGUGCCUGGAAUUGUCAAAAAAUCUAAUGAAGGUUCAAGCUCUCCAUUAUUUGAAAGCUAGGAACACCAGGAUCCAAAUGUAAUGAUUUAUUUUAGGGAAAAUGCUUUAUAUGAAGAACAGAAUUAUCAAAA